CACAGGCGAUUGGAGCAGAGCGCGCGGGGGAAGAGGACGCCCGCCGUCACCAAACCCGUUACCCUACACACCAUUAACCUGUCAUUUCAAGGCGUAUCGUGCUUUUUUCGAACUUAAGAUCGAGGCAGAAAUCCCGGACGUUUACCGCAGCUCUGUAGUUUGCCGAAACGAGGAAGAUUUUGAAUUUUUAAAGCGGGUCCGAGACGGGAAGACAUGGCCACAACUACAUGCACGCGCUUCACUGACGAAUAUCAGCUGUAUGAGGAGCUGGGCAAGGGAGCGUUUUCUGUGGUGCGACGCUGUGUGAAGCUGAGCACGGGCCAAGAAUACGCUGCCAAAAUCAUCAACACCAAAAAACUGUCCGCAAGAGAUCAUCAGAAGCUCGAACGAGAAGCUCGAAUCUGUCGUCUGCUGAAACAUCCCAAUAUUGUUCGUCUUCAUGACAGUAUAUCAGAGGAGGGCUUCCACUACCUACUGUUUGAUUUGGUGACUGGAGGUGAACUGUUUGAAGACAUUGUAGCCAGAGAGUACUACAGUGAGGCAGAUGCCAGUCAUUGCAUCCAGCAGAUCCUGGAGGCGGUGCUUCACUGCCAUCAAAUGGGUGUGGUGCACCGAGACCUGAAGCCAGAGAAUCUACUGUUGGCCAGUAAGUGCAAGAACGCUGCUGUGAAACUGGCCGACUUUGGACUGGCCAUUGAGGUGCAGGGAGAGCAGCAGGCAUGGUUUGGAUUUGCUGGGACACCAGGUUACCUGUCCCCCGAGGUGCUGAGGAAGGAGGCAUAUGGUAAACCGGUGGACAUCUGGGCCUGUGGUGUUAUUCUAUACAUUCUUCUGGUUGGAUACCCACCAUUCUGGGAUGAGGAUCAGCAUAAACUCUAUCAGCAGAUUAAAGCUGGAGCUUAUGAUUUUCCUUCUCCAGAAUGGGACACAGUUACUCCUGAAGCGAAAAACCUCAUCAAUCAAAUGCUGACCAUCAACCCUGCCAAGAGAAUUACUGCACAGGAAGCUCUCAAGCACCCAUGGGUCUGUCAACGCUCUACUGUGGCUUCCAUGAUGCACAGACAAGAGACUGUGGAAUGCCUGAAGAAGUUCAACGCCCGGAGGAAACUCAAGGGGGCUAUUCUCACCACUAUGCUUGUGUCACGGAAUUUCUCUGUGGGUAGCAGACAGACCACGGCUCCCGCCUCGGUCACUGCGGCUGCGGCUGCACUAGCCGCGGCUGCAGGCACCACAGCAGGGCUGGUGGAACAAGCAGCCAAGAGCUUGUUGAACAAAAAGGCAGACGUUAAGAAGCGGAAGUCGAGCUCUACUAUUCAGUACAUGCCCCAGACAAACAGCAUAGUCACCAGUCCCAAGGGAAACCUCCCCUCUCCUGCACUGGAGGCACAGACCACUGUCAUCCAUAAUGCAGUGGAUGGGAUUAAGGAGUCGUCAGACAGCAGUAACGCCACAGUUGAGGACGAAGAAAUGAAAGGAAAGGUUGUAGAUAACAGUUCAGUUCAGUCAAACCGCAGCACCCAGCCUGAACCCACCCACAUACCUCCAGGCCCCUCUCCCGCUGUCUUCCCUGCCACAAAGUUCACUGAUCUACUGGGUGUGGUACGCCGGGGUUCAGUGCCCACAUCUGAUGCUGAGGGGGGAAAUAGUACCACUCCAUCUGUUGUGUCUGCCCCCUCCACUCCCCAAACCCCCAACAUUCCCAUACAAAUGUCACGUUUGACUGAUCUUGUGAGUAGUGUGCGCAGAAGUUCAGCCCCCCAGACAGACAGUGAAUCAUCGGCGCACAGCAGACCCCUUACUGCCCCUGCCCCUGUAUCUGCCCCAUUCUGCCCCUCCCCUUCCCAACAAGCUUCCAGACCCCUGCCAUCAGCACAUUCACGCAAACAGGAGAUUAUCAAAAUCACCGAACAGCUUAUUGAGGCCAUCAACAAUGGUGACUUUGAAGCUUACGCUAAAAUCUGUGACCCUGGACUCACCUGUUUUGAGCCAGAGGCCUUGGGAAACCUGGUGGAGGGCAUGGACUUCCACAGAUUUUACUUUGAAAACUUGCUGUCUAAGAAUAGUAAGCCCAUCCACACCACCAUCCUGAACCCUCAUGUGCACCUGAUCGGAGAGGACGCAGCCUGCAUCGCCUACAUCCGGCUCACACAGUAUGUGGAUGGGCAGGGCCGGCCGCGCAGCAGCCAAUCAGAAGAGACGAGGGUGUGGCAUCGCCGGGACUCCAAAUGGCAGAAUGUCCAUUUCCACUGUUCGGGAGCUCCUGCCGCCCCUCUACAGUGAAGGUUGGGCUAAUUGUAGCCACAUCUAACAAGAGUGCCCAGUCUGAAAUGCAGAAUGCAGAGAGAGAGAAAGAGAGGGAGUCCAGUGAUGGGUGGCUGUGAGUCUGCAGUGCCUGACCCUCCCACACUGGGCACCGCCUCCUCGCAUGUCAAUCACAUCACCUGCCAAUCACUUUUGUGCAUUGUCUUCUAUCUCAUUGCCCCAUCAACUUUACCCCUCCCUCCCAAUUGCUCACCCUGUAUCUUUUACACCUGUGCCAAGACUCCCCGUGUUGUGCACAAGUGCUGUGUGAAGUGGGACAGUCUUUGAUUAAUAAAGGCAGCGAGUCGCCCGUGAAACGUCAUGCUUUCUGUCCUUUCCAGUGUCAGUAACGACCUUUGUUCCACUGAUUCGCCAUCCUCACUUACAGUAUGUAGAUUUUUGAUGUUAUUGUUAUUAUUAUGAUUAAUAUUGUUAUUAGUAUUAUUACAAAAGCAAUUUUAUGUGUCACUUUUACCAUUCAUAUUCUGAAUUCCAAUGAUUUUUAAUUUAUGUAAGACUUUUGUUUCUGGAAAUUUUCUGAGAGCAUGAAUUUUCCAGUAUAUCCAAGAGUGACUGUUUCUACAGUGAUUUGGAGAGAUAACAGUGGUUGCCAUUAAUAUACUGGCUUCUUGAUGUGUUUCAUGGUUGAAAGCUCAAGCUCACAUACAACAAAUGUGUCUGUCCAUGUAUAUUAAAACGUUUCUGGACAUUCAGUCUGUGUGUAUGACUGUUUGGGGCAGAGCCCACCAGAGCCUGAUUGAGAACGUCAUUUGGGGUCUUCCAUUUUUUUUAAUUUAUCGCUAUUUCUUUCAAUCAUUGCAACAGAUUUGGAAUCAAUGAGCAUAUUUAUUAUGUCCAGAUAAAUGACUCUUUCCUGGCUCAUUAGAUGAACAAUUAUUGGUUCUUGGUGAAAGCCACAAUAGUUUUUCUAACAGUUUAGGCUCUUCUGUGACACCGAUUUAAAUGUUAGUAUUAAAUGUUAUUGGUAGUGUUGCAAUAUGAGAGGUUUUCAACACUUUUUUUUAUUAUUUCUUCAGCUGAGCCAGUGAAUAGAUGUUUUGAAAGGCUCUUGUGCAGUUUGUAUUCAGCUUGAAAGAUUAAAUCAAACUUAAGUCAUACCUCAGCGGAAAUGCAACCAUUAGAGGCAAACCGUUGUACCAGUUGACCUCAUCAUUAAUGUGUUUUGUAUAUCAUGAAAUUCUGCCUAUGGAAAGACAUCUUUAGUUGAGGACUUCAGUUUCAAAAGGUGGCUACUAUAUUUUUACUGUGUAAUAUGUAUUCAUAGUUUAGGCUUAGAGUUACUGGACGGCAUAAAAGAUUAGUUGAAUUUGGGACAUUUGGCAUAAGCCGUACCUCCUUGAUUUACUUAAGGUCUCAGUUUAGUAACAUACUUAUGCUCUAAGAAAAUGUAUCUCUUAAAAAAAAAAUUAUUUCUGUUGCGACAUAUGUUGUUGAAUAUUAUCAAUAUUACUCAUUCUAUUUUUGAGGUUAUAUAUAUUUUUUGUUGCCAGUGUGUGAGACUCUUUGAAGUAGAGUGCUUUUAUAUGGAAAAACAAUUGUUACCCUGGAUAAUUUUUAAAGUGUGUUUACCCUUUGGAUGGGCAAAGCAGGGGCGGACCAGGUGGACCUGCCACGAAACGGGGCCAAACGGCCGAACACCCCCCCCCCCCCCACCCCACCCCCGCUCAACAACUACAGUCUUAGUCGAAAUAGGCAGCAAUAGUUUUAUAUUUCAGAUGAUGGUGAAAAAUUGUUUAACGAAGGAAUGCUUUGAUGUUCCUAAUAUGAACUGUAUCUGAAACGGAGCUUAACACAUUACACCUCAUGCAACUCUGUGCUAGUUUCAGUCUACUUUUGAAGUGAUGGGGGUGGUAAUCAUGGUGAACUGAAUGGUCAUGUAACUAAUUUGAAUGGAAUGACCCAGGAGGCUCAUAUACUGUUUGCGUCCUCAGGUCGUAUUUAUUUAUUUGAUUUUCUCAAUUACGUGCUUCUUAAUUUCAUGUGCAUUAUACACAGUUGUACACUCAAUAGCUUUGAGCCACAUGUAAUAUCGGUGAUGACUACUGACGUUUUUAUUGUUGUUAUUAUUUGAAAGAAACUCAGCCGACUAAAGCGCCUUUUACAGAUAUAAAACUAGAGAUCUUUAAAGAAAAAAUCUAAAUAUUUAUCUUUGAGAAGAAAGUGACCCCACAUGGAUAUGUGUUUAUGCUCCGGUAUUCUGCUUCUAAUACAGUUGUCUCAUUCUUUGACGUUUUUUCUUGUGUUUUGUCUGAGACGAAAAGUGAUCCAAGACUUCACCUGUGUUUAUAAGAGUGAUCAAAGUCCCACACUUGUCCACUCCCUUAAAAAAAGACGACAACAAAAAAAGCAGCAUGUAAAAGGUGUACUGUUCUCUGUGUGUUUAGCAAUGAAAAUAAACAUGUUAACGAGUGAAAGUGCACAUCACAAUCAAAACAGGACACACACAGUAUUGAAACUACAGUUUACUUACAUUUCAGCUGGAAUUUUUUUGCAUGACAGUCACUUGAACACUAGGUUUGGUGUUAUUUCUUGUUUUGAUUUCAUUUUUUCUAUUGAUUGCUGGUUUACCUAAACCUUUCUCUUAUUUGUUUGACCAGCUUUAAGUGUAUAUAAUAUUUUUGUCCCAAGAUGAUGCUGACAAUAGCAGUGUUAAUAAUGAAAAUUAUAACUAUGAAAAUGUCGAUGAUAUUAAAACUAUGGAAAUGGUGAUAUUUCUACAGCAUGCUUUUGUAUUAAGCUCAUUGUUGUCACUGCAGGGUGACUGAUAGUUAUAUAAAUGACUAUAAGAUUACUCAUUAGUAUGUGACUGCUUGACUUCAGAGAAGCACUUGCAAUAUUAGCUAAAUUCUGUAUGCAUGGGAUCACUAAUAUUUCAGAAUAUCUCCUUUAGUCUAACGGCAUUGACAUCAUACUGUUAUGUGCUUUGCAGAUGCUCAUUACUGAAUGGUCAUUAAAAUCGUGUAUUGUUUCAAACUUUUAUCGGCCUUUCAUGACAAACAGUUAAAAUAGAAGCAACAUCCACAGAAGUUCCACUUGCCCCAACAACCCCAUCUGUUUUCAAACAAGACUGUUUCUACCCCACUCAUAUCAUUGAUCUAAAUGGAAACGUACUGAAUAGUUUCUCUGAAGCUGAGUCUUCUAACAGUAGCCCUCUGUUAGUUUUGUUUUUCUGUAUGAGAUAAAAUAUUCUCUUUGAUUUCCGAUAAUUCUUACUCUUGUUACUGCUCGGUUCUAAUACAUGCUCUGUGUAUUUCCUGACUUAAGCAAAUGUGUUCAAAAGUUAUAAAUAAAUUAGAUGAUUUAAAU